UUAGGAAGCUUACUUGAAAGUAUUUCCUUCUUACAAUAGCUUUUUCUAUCGAAAUGUGUGUAUUUUAGUGGUAAGCGAAAGCAUGACUUUGAAUCAUUCUCUAAGACAAACGAAAAUUCCAAACUUUUCUGCUGUUUCCACUGAUAAGAUUUGAAUGUCAGCUUUUUAAAAGAAUAAAUUUUUCUUGUAUUACAAGUGACCGGAUUUCAUUUUAAAUUGAAAGGUGAAAUUUUGCCGUAGGUUAAUAUGUUUAAGUUUAUAUCAAGAAGCAGAACUGUUUUUCCUCAGCUAUAUUCAAAUUCAUACUUUUCUGCACCUGCUGUCACUCCUAUAACUUCUCCUGAUAUUCAUUUUACUAAACAUUUCAUCAACAAUGAAUGGCAGAAGUCUGUUGGUGGAAAGACUUUUCCUACAGUAAAUCCAUCUACUGGAGAAGUCAUUGCUCAUGUUGAAGAAGGAAGUCAUGAAGAUGUGGAUAAAGCAGUUAAAGCUGCUCAGCAUGCCUUUCGAUUCGGAUCUCCCUGGAGAAAAUUAGACGCAUCUGAACGAGGGAGACUUCUUAAUAAAUUAGCGGAUCUAAUUGAAAGAGAUCGCACUUAUUUAGCUAGCUUAGAAACUUUAGAUAACGGAAAGCCUUUCUUCGAUUCGUAUCAUGUAGACCUGGAUCUUGUGUUAAAAGUUUUCAGGUAUUAUGCUGGUUUUGCUGAUAAGGUUUAUGGAAAAACACUGACUGUAGAUGGAAACUAUUUUUCUUAUACAAGGCAUGAACCUGUUGGUGUUUGCGGUCAAGUCAUACCUUGGAAUUUCCCUCUUCUAAUGCAAGCAUGGAAGUUAGCCCCUGCACUUGCUACUGGAAACACUGUUGUCCUAAAACCUGCUGAACAAACUCCCCUUACGGCACUCUACGUUGGCCAGUUGAUUAAGGAAGCUGGAUUCCCACCUGGUGUUGUGAAUAUCGUACCUGGUUAUGGUCCGUCUGCUGGAGGUGCUAUAGCUUCUCAUAAAGGCAUUGACAAGAUUGCUUUUACGGGUUCUACCGAGGUUGGUCAAAUAGUUAUGGAGGCAGCAGCUAAAUCAAACCUUAAAAGAGUUACUCUGGAACUUGGAGGAAAAAGUCCUAAUAUAGUAUUCAAAGAUGCUGAUAUUGACCAUGCAAUUAGUACAUCACAUUUUGGUCUGUUCUUCAAUCAAGGCCAGUGUUGUUGUGCUGGCUCUAGAAUCUUUGUAGAAGAAGAAAUUUACGAUCGUUUUGUUGAAAGAACUGUCGAAAUCACAAAGAAGAGAAAAAUUGGUAAUCCCUUUGAUUCCAAGACGGAACAAGGACCACAGAUAGAUGGAAUUCAAAUGGAAAAGAUAUUGAAUUUAAUUAAAAGUGGUAAUGAAGAGGGUGCUAAGAUGUUAUGCGGAGGAGGAAGAGUGGGUGAUAAAGGCUUCUUUGUCAGUCCUACAGUAUUUGCUGAUGUUCAAGAUAAUAUGAGGAUUGCAAAUGAAGAGAUUUUUGGGCCUGUGAUGCAAAUUCUGAAGUUUAAAACAGCUGAAGAAUUGUUAGGAAGAGCUAAUAAAACAAUGUACGGAUUAGCAGCAAGUGUAUUCACUAAAGAUAUUGACAAGGCUAUGUACUUCGCUAGUGGUCUUCGAGCUGGUACUGUUUGGAUUAACUGUUAUGACGUGUUUUCGGCUCAAGCACCCUUCGGAGGUUUUAAGAUGUCUGGAAUCGGAAGAGAACUUGGAGAGUAUGGUCUCCAAGCUUAUAGUGAAAUCAAAACGGUAACUAUGAAAAUUCCUGAAAAGAACAGUUAAGUGCUUAAAGAAAGUGCCAAACAAGUAUUGUUAUUACAUAUCUGUUAACUAAAAUAGUGUACAAAUUUUAAAUAAAUUUUAUUUUUGUAUCA